AUGUCCAUCACAAACAUAUCUCAAGCUUCAGCUUCACCUUCAGCUUCAGCUUCACCUUCAGCUUCAGCUUCUCCCACCUCCACCACAAAACCCACCUCCAAGAACCGUGAUUCAACAUUCCACGGCGUACGAAAACGAACCUGGGGACGCUAUGUUUCAGAAAUACGACUCCCGGGUCAGAAAACUCGAAUAUGGCUUGGUUCUUUCCAGACAGCUGAAAUGGCGGCGCGUGCUUAUGACUCCGCGGCUUUCUUCUUAAGAGGUACCUCGGCUAGCCUUAAUUUCCCCGAAGAGGCUGUGUUUUUACCUCGUCCUGAUUCUUCUUCUAGGAAAGAUAUUCAGUCGGCGGCGGCUAAAGCGGCUCAUCAACGAAGCCGCCGCCAACAACAACAACAAUCUUCUUCUUCUUGUUCCAUCGAAACAAAAAACGAAAAUGAAAAUAUUAUUAUUAAUAAUGAAAAUAAUAAUAAUAUUAUUAAUAAUAAUAAUAGUAGUAAUAAUAGUGUCGAUGAAUUUUCUAUUGAGAUGAUGGAGUUUUGGAAUCAAGAAGAAUGUGCUUCGACGACGUCGUUUUGGGAUAUGAAAGAUGCUCCUUUAAUGAGUCCAACAAGGGUGGGGUCCAUUUAUGGAGAUAUGAUGACAUGGAAUGAAGUGUUUGAUUUCAAUGAUGACAUUUUAGCCAUGGCGCAUCCAUAA